AUGGGCGCAUGCGCUGCCUGCUUCCGCCCGGCACGGCACCAGGUACCCAAAGAAACCUUCGCAAAGGCCAAGGUGGAUCUCGUGAAGGCUUGCCGAAACAUGAUCGACUUCCUUCAGGAGGUUGACAAGUAUCCCUGCCUGUACGCGAACCAGCAGGUGCUUCGACAGGCGGUCCAGCGCUACGAGGACAUAUGGCUGCCACUUCUGGCCAAGAAAGAUCCUCAAGCACGGCUAGUGCCACCCCUCGAUGUGGAGUGGGUCUGGCACUGCCACAUGCUAUGCCCAAAAGCCUACCGAGAGGAUGCUAUGAACAUAACGGGGCUCUCAGAACCGCCCGAUCAUGCUUUGAUGCCACGAACGGGCAAGGAGUUCACGUCCGCGGAGUCCCUCACGAGCAAGCUGUGGGAGAAGGCUGGUGGCGGGAACUACGAUAUCAGGACGACACUGCAAAACGCGCCGCUUCAGGCUAGCUACGAGGGCAAUGCCAGUGGCAAGAGCAAGUACGACAUCGUGGCAGCAGCUGAGAGGCAGAUGGCCUUCUACUACCAGGUGGCGGUGAUGCCUCACUAUCGUGACCAGUACUUCUUGGAGCUGGCUGUUGAGAGAUAUUUGGACAGGUUCCUGGAGCUGAAGCGACGGCGGCCAAAGGAUUUCUGGGUUCCCACCUACGACAUUGACUGUGUGUGGCACGCUCACCAGCUACACCCUCACAACUACGAGGAGGAGACCACCCGACUGUGUGGGGCCAUGCUGCCGCAUGACGACAGUGUCAACGACAGAUCGGAAGGCUCUCGCCUGAACAACCGCUGGGAGGAGACGAAGGCUGCUUGGAACCAGGAGUUCCCCAAAGACAGUGCCAUGACUCGGGGGGGCAUGUACCGAGGCCUCGUGACCAUUGCCGAGAGGCAAUACCGAGAGCAACAGUGGAGCUUGCUUCGCACGGCUGGUGCUGCGGCUCAGAACAUCACCCUGGAGGCGCCAUGGGGCGUCACGAACGGACCUGAGGCUGGGAUACCCUGGGUGCAUCGCAAGGACGCAGCUGGUGGGCUCUACGGCCUCCGGCGAUUCUCGAAGUUUGGGGAUCUCUGCGCUCAAGUAGUUCACGGCCGGGCCCAACAACAGAGUUUCAGCUACCUGGAGGUGGUGGCGAAUGCUGAAAAGUCUGUGCCCCUCGUGACGGCGCAUGCCGUGGAGUCAGAUCAGCUGCCAGGUGAGGGACAGCUGAGCUAUGGAUCCAAGUGUCCCACACUGAAGGCGGGACAGAUGGCAUACCUUCUCCGCGUGGCGGGCGAAGACGUGGCCGUGGUAGUGGGCGAGUGGGUAGCCUGGCGGGCUUCCAGCUCCCAGUUCGCGGUGUUCCUGGCACACCUGGCAUUUCCGGGGACCGUGGUACAGGUCGGCGAGGCGUGGCAGGCACCCGCGGCAUCAAAGGGAAGCUAG